UUUUACACCUGUUGGUUGUUUGGGAUGUAAAGUUUAAAUUAUAUUUUUGUACUGUAUGGUUAAGUCCUAUAAGUUUUUACUUUCAUUGUUAACUCUAUAUAAAGUAAUUGCUCGAUUUUUAUACAAAUAAAAUAAAUAAAAAGAAUUCUUUUACGUCUUCUGUCUGGCUUCACGAAAAGAAGCCAUCAAUAAAAUUAUAAAAAAUGGACAAAUUAAAGAAAGCUCUAAGUGGUGAUGAUGUUGAUGAAGAACAGGGUAUUAUGCACCAAGUGAUUGAUGCUUCAUCAUUAAGUUGGUCAACUCGAAUAAAGGGUUUCAUUAUCUGCUUUGUUUUAGGUUUUGUGUUUUCCAUUUUGGGAUCUGCUCUUCUUGCCCUUCCUAAAGGAUUAAUCCUUUUUGGAAUAUUUUACUCUUUAGGAAAUAUAACUGCUUUGGCCAGUACAAUGUUUUUGAUGGGACCAUGGAAUCAAUGUCAAAAAAUGUUUGCUCCAACCAGAAUUCUUGCUACAAUAGCAAUGUUGGGUUUUCUUCUACUGACACUUCUAGCUGCAUUUUUGUGGAAGAAAACUGGACUUACUAUUGUUUUCUGUAUUUUCCAAUUUCUGUCCAUGACUUGGUAUUCAUUAUCAUAUAUCCCAUAUGCAAGGGAUGCUGUUCUCAAAUUUUUCCAAUCUUGUGUGUCAUAAUUAUGUUCAGUCUUAAAGGUCUGUCAUCCUUUUUUGUACAUGUGUUUGUGUGUGUUUGUAUUUGGAAACAUUCAUGAUUCAAUUCUUAUAUUUAAAUAUAAACUUUUUUCUAUUUCCUAUGCUUAAGUGUAGGCCGUGUUAUUUAUUAGAAAAAUGUCAAAACUAUUGUUAGCACAUGCUCACAAAGCAGCAUUGAUGGUGAAGAUUUUUUAUAUAAAAUCACACAUCAUAUUCAAUCAAUUUUACUACAAAUUCAUUGAUUUACAAAAAUUGUAUUUUUGAUAUAUUUGUAAAAUUCUUCAGAUAUUUGUAUGCCUGAAAAAUAUUUGAAGAUUUAUAUCUAUAAUCCUUUUUAUAAAAUGUAUGCUUGACUUUUUUUUUAUUGCUUUUGUUAUUAAUUUGUAUGCAUAUAUAUAUAUAUAAGAACACUAUUUAAAUAUUUUUGCAUUCUACAGAAAUGCCAUUUAAGGCUUUUCCUCCCAAUUUAACUUGAAUAUUUUAAUACUUAUAAUCUUAUAUGUGUUUCGCUUAUAAUGAACCAAUUUUGUAUCUAAACUACUGUUACUAAAGGAUCUGUAUGGAAUCAGAUAGUUUAACAUUGAUAGUUUUAUAAACAUUAACUAUAUUCUUCUUUGUGUAUUUUAAGAUAAGAAAAAGUUUUAAUGAUUCUAUUCAAUAUUGUAGAAUUUCUAAAUGAAAUCAAAAUUAUUUUGAAGUUUAGUGAUCUUGGUACAUCCAUUAGUUUACUUUCUAAUAAACCUUGAAAAUUAUUGAGUACAAAAUCAGUUUGUGAAAUAUAUGGAUCUUCUGAAAGUAGAUGCAUUUUUAAAAAUGUGGUUCAUCUUUUCUCUUUAUCUAUAAAACUAUAGCUCUGCUUUAGUGUUAUUACUUUGUAUAUAUACAAAUUUCUAUAAUGAUAAUUUUUUUUUUUUUUUGGUACUUGUUGCUGUUGCAAGGAAUAUUUUAAAUAACUUUAAUCAUGAGCACAAGUUGCUUCCUCUUAUGAAAUGCUAAAUUUUGAAUCGCUGUGAUCAUUUUAUUUCUCAAAAAUUUAAUGACAUACAAAUAUUUUUAUGAAACUUUCUGAAUCAGGUUAAAGAAAUGUUUUCCGUCCAAUUGUUGGUAAUAUUGAGAGAUUGUUAUAGUAGUAAAUUAGGCCUGAUUGGUUUAUGCUGCAUAUUCUAUUGCUGUUAAAGAGAUUAUAUAUUCUUCUACUGAAUAAGAAUAUUUCUCUAAUAAGAUGUGAUAUGACAUAUAAAACUUUGCAUCCCCUGUUUCAUAAAGAUAUAUGUUUGCUUUUAUUCAAUGUAUUUUUCUUGACCAAUCAACUUUUGUACCUAGAUUUGAAAUUUAUCUAAAGUUUCUUAAAACAAAAAAUUUUUGUGGAAGCGACAUAUUAUUACUUUUUUUAUAUAAAAAGAAAGAAAGAAAGAAAAUUAUAUUGCCAAGAUUGUCUAGCAUGAACAACUUUUUAUAAUAAUUACUGAAACUUGAAAGAAAUUUGUGGAUUUAGAAUGUAAAUCAUGUCUUAUAUUCAGUGUUUGAUACAUUCUUAAUUUUUAUACACUACACUUUUAGAUAAAUUUUAUAAAUUUAAAUGGUGAAAUAUUGUUUAACUCUGUAGAAAGUAUUUUCAUAUGAAAGAAUAUUUCUACAGCAUAUUUGAAACAACAUUUUCCCUUAUUAUUAUAUUAUAUAUGUGUAUGAGAAAGUUUAUUUUUUCUAUUGAUUUUUGACAGGAAAUUUUUGCCAACAUGCUAUUAUAUAAAAAGUGCAAUAUAUUCUUUUUAUUCUGAAUUAUAGACUUCACAUCAUAUUUUCACCUGUUUCGUCUUCUAGUCAUAACCUUGAGAAAAAUCCUUAAAACUUCUUUGCUUGAAAAUAUGUUUUUAUAUCCAGGAUUCCUCAAAUGCACAAUCAUAAUACUUACAUUAAUUAGCUAUUAUUAGUGGCUAAAUUAUUUAUAAUAAUUUAUUCAAAAGCUUAAAAGAAUAAUUUCUCUUAGACAUCAAAAUAGCUGGGGUAAAUUUGAUUAGAAAUUUUGGUAACUACAGCUUUUAUGUUACAAAACCAUUUUAAUCACAAAAUUCUGUAUAAUGCAUAAAAAAACAUAUACAACUUUUUAAUAUACAUACUAAACUUAAGUAAAAAUAAAUAUUACCCAAUAUAUCCCUAAUAAGGUUUUAAUUUAGAUUGCAUCUCAAAAUUAACACUGAAAUAAAUUUGGAAAUUUAUUAUACUGAGCUAGUGAAGAGAUAGAAUUUUUUGAAAAUGUUUGAUUAUUAUUCUUAAUUUCAAAAUGUUAUACACUGUUAUAAAGUUUUUAUAUAAAAUUGUAUACAAAAUCAUGUAAAAAUAUAUUAUAUAUGUUAUAUAAAAAUUUAUUGAUAUAUAUAUAUAUAUUUAAAGAAAUUGAUUGUAAGAUAUAUGCAAAAUCAGUUGUGAAGGUUUUGAAAAAUCAGUUUUUAUUGGUGUACAAUGUUUAAAUGUUAUUAUUUCUCCUGUAUCAUAUCUUCAGCUUUUCUCCUUCUCAGGCAGAAACAAAAAAAAAUUCUGUACUUUCAUACCCUCUCAGAAAAAUUUGAAAUAGUGAUUGCAAGAACACAUAAAUUUGAAAAGUAGAAAUUAAAUUGUAAUAAGUAAAUAGAAGUCCACUAAAAGAAGUCAUUUAACAUAUUAUUAAUGGAAUCUUUUUUGCAUAAAUAAUUUUCAUAAUUACUUUUUGCUAAUAAAUGCUAAAAAAUAUGGGUUGAGGAUAAUCCCUUGUGAGAAUAUACAAGAUUUCACUUUAUUUCAGAGUAUUUUAUUUCCACUCACAACACAUAAUUAAAAAACCCCAAUUUAAUUAAAUAUUUUUAUUGCCUUAUCAUUUAAUAUAUUUCUCUCUGCUAUUCAAAAUUCAUCUUUUUCUGAAAAUUAAAAUUUUUAAAAGUAAUUUUAUACUGAAAAGAAUUCUGAAAUUCCUUAUUUCUUAUUCUGGAAAUUUGAGUGAAAAAGCAUAUCUGUUUAAAAAAAGAUCAUAUAUUACCCACAAUUUCAUCACCAGUUAUUAAAAAAUAUUAUAAAAAAUAACAUGUUUUUAAGUGUAAAAGAAAUUUUUAAAAAUCUCAUUUUGCAACAAUGCAAUCUCAGUCUCAUUGUUGUGAAUAAAAAGACCCACCUUGAAAUGGUUUCUAUUUAUGUUAUUUGAAUAAAUUAGUUUUUUUUUCUAAAGUGUGUUUAUAAUUUAUUUAAAUCAGAAAAUAAUUUUUAAAUGUACAUUUGCAGUAAAAAGAGCAGCAUUAAAUGUGCAGUAAAAAGAGAUUACUUUAGUAUUUUUAGUCAUAUUCUAGAAUAUUUGUAAUUUAAUUAUUUUAUAUGUUUUCAUUCAUUUUAAUUGCUUCUGUCUAGUAUAGUAGUCACUGAUUUUUAAAGUGUUAUGGUAGUAAUUCUAUGCAUUUCAAAAGGCUUCAUUCUGCAUUGUUUACUUUAUUAAGACAAUCGUGUUCAGAAUUUCUCUGGUUCUUUUUGUUGUUUGUGUAAUAUUUUGUAUAAAUUGGUUUUGUUCUGUAUUACUAAUUUGUUUUACUUACAGAAAAUGUUGAUUUGAACAAUUAUUUGAUCAGCACUGAUUAUAAUAUUGAAUAAAAGUUUGAAAUAUU